UGACUUCGUUCUGUUGUCUCUGAUCGGUUCUCAUUUGAAGAGGAUUUUGCGGGUUAGCAGGAUAAUGGGAGUCUUCCUCCAAACGGAUGGAUAUUUAGGACUGUCUCAUUAUCUCAGCGGUGGCAACCCUCGCUGUUAAAAUUAACCCAACGACUCUGCUGAUUAACGUAGCUCUCUUUAAUUAAUAGUGCGUGUUUAACGUGUUGCUCGGUGUAUGGAUUUGUUUUGCUACAUAGCUAGUUAGCUGCUACCUAAUAGCGCUAAUUUAAAACAUGCAAAACAGUGCAACUCUCGGUUUUGAAAAUAAACUUAAGUUAGAUUAUGAACGCGCUGUAAUCUCCUCUGUCUGUCAUCAUGUAUCUAAAGCCAGUUCUUCCGAGUAACGGAACAAGGAGCUUCGGAGUUGCCGAUCUGAGCUAGCCUGCUAGCAUUUAACAGUUCCGACAGCGUGAGGGUUCGGGCUGUGGCGACCAGCUGAUCGGCUUCCUGGGUCAGCUGCUUCCAGCAUCAAGUGUUUGGGACUGAAUACGUUUCCAGCUACAAUGGCUAACGUUACAGACCUGCAGACAAAAUACAGCAAGCUGGCGCAGGAGUAUUCAAAGCUCCGUGCCCAGAACCAAGUGCUGAAGAAGGCAGUUGUAGACGAACAGGCCAACUCUGCCUCUUUAAAGGACCAGCUGAAGCAGAGGGACCAGAGCCUGAGGAAGCAGGAGCAGGAGAUGGACAGCCUGAGCUUCAGGAACCAGCAGCUCGCCAAGAGGGUGGAGCUGCUGCAAGAGGAGCUGGCUGCUAGUGAAGGCAGGAGCAAAAAGGGGAAGGGUAAAGGAGACUCUCCACUGCAGCCAGGCCUGCAGACACAAAGUGUUUUCAAUGAAGAUCUGCAAAAAAAGAUAGAAGAGAACGAGCGUCUUCACAUACAGUUCUACGAAGCCGACGAGCAGCACAGGAAGAAGGAGGCCGAGCUGAGGGCCCGGCUGGAGAAACUGGAAGGAGAGGCAGAAGAACACCAGGCUGUUGUUGACGGACUCACAACAAAGUAUGUGGAAACCAUCGAGCGCCUGCAGGGUGACAAAGCUCGUUUAGAGCUGAAAACACAAAUUCUGGAGAGGGAGGCGAAAGACUGUCGAAUGCGAACGGAAGAGUGCCAGCAGCAGUUAAGGCGCUGCCAGUCGGAGCUGAGCAGGCAGGUGAAGCAAAGCAGCAGCGUCAUUCAGGAGAAAGUGCCCUUUAACGACACCAAAUUUAGCGACUAUAACAGCCUAAAUGUGCCAUCACACAACCGACGGCACCAGCUUAAGGCUCGGGACGUAACAAGUCAAGCCCUGAGCUUCAUCCAGGACCUGGUGGCUGCUCUGCUGAACUUCCACACCUACACUGAACAGCGGGUCCACAUCUACCCCCUGGACUCGUCCAUCGAACCCAUUUCUCCUCUGAACCAGAAGUUUUCUCAGUAUCUCCAUGAGAACGCUGCCUAUGUGCGCCCCCUGGAGGACAGCUUUCUGCAAUUGUACCAAAGCAUCACAGAGGACACUGUUACAGUGCUGGAGACUGUUGUCAUGCUGAGGAAUUUCGCUGAGAAUUUCUCCUCCUACACACACUUCCUGCUGAAGAUUCUUCCCUACCAACUAAAAAGCUUGGAAGAAGAGUGUGAAGCUCCUCUUUGCACUGCUGCCCUGAUGGCAAAAAACCGGGAGUUACAGAGUGACAUGAAGAAAGUUACCACCGUGUUUGAGAAGAUGCAGAACUACAUCAACCUCUUGGCCUUACCCAGUUCUGAUCGAGCAGAGCUGGUUGCAGGUGUUAACGUGUUGUGCUUGUUUAACAAACGCGCGGCGUGUGCCUCAGGUGUUCGGCAGGACGCCAUGCCACAGAGCAGCACCUCAGCUGUCUUCACCCAGCUGGCAGCUAGCCUGCACAGCCUUCAUGAUGCCAUUAAAGAGAUGUCAAAACAUUACAACCAGAAGGCAAGCAUAGAGCAGGAGCUCCCCACUGUCACGCAGAAGCUCUGCACCACCACAGAGUGCCUCCUCGGAUCGCUGGGCUCGUUGACCAGCGUCACCGGCAAGAUUGCCACUUUCUUCAGCAACAACUUGGACUUCUUCACGUCUCCAGGCUACAGUCCGAGAGGAUGCGCAGUGAGCCUCAACCCGCUGCAGGCAGAGAGCAUGCUGGCCAACAAAAAGAAAGCAGCUGCCUACAUCGACGCCAUCAAAACGGCGAGGCCACAGUCGGUUCCUUACAGGGAAGCCCUGUCAAACCGUCGGAUUCUCACCAGCUCCACUGAGAGCAGAGAGGGUCUCACUCAGCAGGUGCAGCAGAGCCAGGAGAAGAUCGCCCGGCUGGAGCAGGAGAAGGAGCACUGGCUCCUGGAGGCCCAGCUGGGGAAGGUGCGGCUGGAGAAGGAGAACCAGCGCAUAGCCGACCUGGAAGCGCAGCUGGCAGCGGCUCUGGGGGGAAGUCAGAGCUCCCAGACAGCCGCAGACGGCCGGCUCACACAGAGCAACGAGGAAGCCGAGACGGCGCAGAAAGCCGCAGGGAAGGAGAUGACUCUCUGCACCAGCCUGGUCGGCAUGUUGUGCACAACCCCUACAAAUGAGCACGUGGGAGACGAAGAGUCUCGUGAACAGCUGAUAAAGACUCACUACAUGACGAGGGUGGGGGAGCUCACCACCCAGCUCCAGGUUUCAGACAGCAAAGCUGUUCACUUUCACUCAGAGUGCCGAGCCUUGGCAAAGAGAUUAACCAUCGCAGAGAAAGCACGGGAGACUCUGAGCGAAGAGGUCAAACUGGCUAACGAGAAUAUCACUCGGCUGCAGGACGAGCUGACUACGACUAAGAGGAGCUACGAGGACCAGCUCAGCAUGAUGAGCGACCAUUUAUGCAGCAUGAAUGAGACGUUGAGCAAGCAGCGAGAGGAAAUCGACAUGCUCAAGCUGGGUGGCAAGGCGAAUGCGAAAAAGAACAAGAGUCGCUAGAGCUGCUCUCAAACCGUCAACAUGUGCGGAGGAUUUCCAUGCUGCAGAACCUCUUGGUACCGACGCAGUCUCUGGACCUUCAGGAUCACUGCGAGUUCAGAGACUCGAACACGUUUGAUAAAAGCUUCGUUUUUCUGUUUUCUUGUCACGUCACCUUUUUAAUGAUUAUGAUUAUCUGGAAAUGGUUUGGCUGGCCUCUCAGGUCAAAGAGGAUAGAAAAACAGCUGAAGUGGAAGUUUUUAAUGCUCACCGAAGUCAAGACUUGAAGACCAAACCCUGUUAAUGUGUGUAAUUUUCUGACUAAGUGUGUGUCUGAGUGUGAGGGAGAAAAUUGAACUGUGCACCCUUUGCUGCUUCUCUUUAAGUAGGUGAACGGAGUAAACGUCGGUGUGGUCGUGCGUUUGCGGGGUGUUGCCUCCCGAAGCGACUCUUGACACCACGCUUUGCAUCGUGAGAGUAUUGUUUUACAAUGAAAUGGCUAAAUCUUUUUGGAUUUGAGAUUAUCAGUGCAGGUGGUAACUGUGUAAAUCUGCCCCUUCUGAUACAUGGAUAAUGUAACAAACUGUUGAGUAUGAUCAAAUAGCUUACAAAGAUGCACUUGAAUUUAUUGCCCUUUCUGGAAACGUUUUCAUUUUCAGUCCUCUGGAAGUGGAUGGAAGAAAAGGCUUUCAGCACUGAUUGGCUCUGUUUACCUGGGCAGGUUGAAGCUUGUGAAGUUGUCCAAUUCUGAGUCUUAAGAAGUUGAUUGGUAACGAUUGUUUUUUUUUUGUUUAUCAUCACCAAAGGAAAUGUGGAUGCAUACUUUAAAGCUCCUUACAUUAAUCUAAGAUGUAAGAAUAAAAGGAGUUCAUGUGAAUUCAUCUGAAAUCAUGAUGUAAUUAAAUGUUUCUUAAAAUUAUGUAUACAAAAAUAUGCAUUUAUUCAGAAGUUCCAAAUCUUUAUUUUACCCAGAUUUUUAUUUUAUACAGAUUCUUCAGCCGUUUUUUUUUUUUUUUUUUGUAUUAUUUCAGUAGCUGUCUAUGUAACUGGGAAGAGUCAUUAACAGAUUGAACCACAAUGUAAACAAAGAUUAUGGAAAUUGUGACACGUGACAGACUUUUCUAUGUGAAACAAAUAAAGAAGCGUUGCUCCAGAGCCGUUCAUUCAAGACUGAAAUUUGAACACAGAGAUUUGAAAACACCCUUUAAACCCACGGGAGAAAACAAAUCUGUAUUUCACAGUGUAACAUGUUAAAAGGCACAUAUGUGAAUUAAAAUAAAAACCUUGCUCAAUACUGAA